GAAUCACACGGAACCGUUUGUCGUUUGUCAUUAAUAAUAAAUCAUGACGACGCAUCAAUAGUUUGUUUACUUAGUUCUAGUAUAUCGCAGGUUUGCUUUAGACCGUAGAUUUCUCUGAUGUAGGAUACAUUUAAUGCUGAAAAAAAUCGGAAAUCUUUCCAAACUGUUGAACGGAUAUUGAUAGAUCGAAGACAAAAAUGUGCAACAUGUCGGGGUGUACGAGAUUUGUCCUGGCCUUUUUGUUCGGGAUCUGGUCAGUUUCGGGAGUGCUAGCAAUUUGUCAGAAGGUUCAGACAAAUGUUAAAUCAACGAGGGGUUUAAUAGCGAACACUACUGUGCCCUUUCACACGAUCACGCUACCGUACGGUCAAUGUAUUGAGCGGUGUUGGAGAACCUCAUCGUGCACGUUCAUGCAGUUUGACGAAAGCACGUCCCUGUGUCAGUUGUAUACCCAGGCAGUCCCAACGCCGGGGGAAGGGACGAGGCAGAUAGUCUCCAUGGCAGACUUUAGUCCUGCCUUCCCCGCCUGUACCUGUGCCCCAGGCCACAUGUGUGUAGAGACGUCCGUUGGGCAACAGUGCAUACGGCUGAAGUAACGCUCACAGACAGCAACAUGACAUGGAAGAAAUAGCUCUUGUCUUUGAAUGCCUAUUUCUCAUGGAAUGGUUAGAUUAAAAAAUAAACUAACAGUGUACCAACCAGAAAAUAUAAUGCUGUAGAAAGAAUUGGCACAGACUGUUGCAUCUUCUAGAACAACAGACUUCAAUUUAAUAGAUUCCUAUUUAUUUUUACUCAGUCUUGUAUCAAAAAUUUAUGUUUUCAAAUAUAAAUAAACUAGUACUUUUU